AUGGUAGGUUAUGCUUGUGUUUUGGAUGCAGACCACAUGUUGAUGACAAAGGUAAAACCGGUAAGGUAUCCAAUGCAAUCAUACUUAUCUUAUUCAGAUAUAUCACAAGAAUAUAAGCAUGUUUUAUCUAGUCUUGAUAGCAUUACAAAACCAUCUAGCUAUGAGCAAGCCGCUAAGGAUCCUAGGUGGAUUGAUGCAAUAAAGGCAGAAAUAAAGGCCUUGCAAGACAAUGGUGACUUGAGGGAAGAGGUUUACAUGAGAGUUCCUCAAGGAUUUGGUCAAAUGGAAAAAAUAAGGCAAACUGACUCUAAAAUAACCUUAAUCUUAGUUCAUGUGGAUGAUCUUGUUAUCACAGGAAAUCAAGCAAAUAAGAUUGAUGAAGUAAAACAAUUUUUCCAUAACAGGCUUAAAAUUAAGGAUUUAGCAAAGCCACUUGGUAUACCUAUGGAACAGAAUGCACUCAGUCAAUUCAUGAAUGAACUGAGGAGAUCACAUUAUACGGUAGCAACAAGAGUAGUCAGAUACUUGAAAGGCUGUCUAGGACUUAGAAUCAGACUCGCAGCAACACAGAAUGCCCAGCUAGAGUGCUUUGUGGAUGCAGAUUGGGGAACAUGCCUAGACGCUAAGAGAUCUGUGACUGGAUAUGUAGUCAAGUUUGGUGGCUCGCCAAUAUCCUGA